AUGGAUAGAGAACAGGAACAAAUGCAAUUUUUGGGCCUCUUUGGCAUCUGUAAAGAAAGCUUCAAGAUCAUCCACUCAUGGCGAAAGAUCUUCGCCCAAAUAACCCUAACCCUAAUCCUCCCUCUAACCUUCAUCUUCUUGGGUCAUCUCGAGAUCUCAAAUCUACUUUCUCGAGAAAUCAAACACACCGAAUACGAACAAGACGUCACACGUCCAGGCACCACAAGGUACAACAAGCUUUCCGAUACACUCUCAUCUGAAUAUAUCACUUUAAUACUCUUCCAAGUCGCCUACUUCACCAUCCUCCUCAUCUUAUCCCUCCUAUCCACCGCCGCCGUCGUCUACACCAUCGCCUCCAUCUACACCGGCCGUGACUUGACCUUCAAGAAAGUCAUGUGCGUCGUCCCAAAAGUCUGGAAAAGGCUCAUGGUUACAUUUCUAUGCAUGUUUGCUGCUUUCUUCGUUUACAAUUUCAUCGCAGUAGUGGUGAUGGUCAUCUGUAUGGUAAUCUUUCCUUACAACGCAUUCGGGAUGGUCCUCCUGUACAUCGUAUUGAUCAUUUACGUGAUGGGGUUUGUCUACAUGACUGUGAUCUGGCAACUAGCGAGUGUUGUCUCAGUUCUUGAGAGCUCGUAUGGGCUUAAAGCUAUGAAGAAAAGCAAGGAUCUUAUCAAGGGAAACCGAGGUGUUGCGAUUUCCAUCUUCUUUCUGUUGAAUAUGUCCUUAAUACUUAUAAAGUUCUUAUUUGAAAUAUUCGUUGUUCACGGAAACUCGUUGCACAUGGAGGCAUGGAAAAGGGUAGGGUUCGGAGUCUUGUGUUUCCUAUUGCUUUUAACAUUCUUUCUCUUCGGGCUCGUCAUCCAAACGAUACUUUAUCUGGUUUGCAAAUCGUAUCAUAAUGAAAACAUCGAUAAAGGAGAUCUGUCUAACCAUCUUGAAAGUUAUCUUGGUGAGUAUGAGCCUUUAAGCGGAAAAGAGGUUCAAUUAGAACAAUAUGAGGUUUGA